ACAGCAGCAUGAUGCGCUACGAUGACCACACUGUGUGCAAGCCCCUCAUCUCCAGGGAGCAGCGCUUCUACGAGUCCCUCCCUCCUGAAAUGAAGGAGUUCACUCCUGAGUACAAAGGUAAACCCAGGAAGGAUUCACAGCAUUAAGUCCCAUUGGUGAAGACCGUGCUGGUGUCAAGGUUUCCCCUUUGCUGGGACAGUCUGGGAGAGAAGGGCGCAGCCCUUCUCUGGUCCCAGAGGAGGAAGAAUUGGAUGCUUUCCAGGCUAAGGCCGGGAGACAGCUGGCAAGGUGGUUCUGUGGAGCCUGUGUCUGUCUGUGCUGCAGGAAUGACUCAAUGGCGUGGUGUCUGUCUGUUUUGAGGGGGACAGUGAUGGUUACAUCAACUUGGUGGCCUACCCUUAUGUGGAAAGUGAGACCGUGGAGCAGGAUGACACACCAGAGCGGGAGCAACCUCGGCGCAAACACUCCCGCCGGAGCCUGCAUCGGUCAGGCAGUGGCAGUGACCACAAGGAAGAGAAAGCCAGCCUGUCCUUUGAGACCUCUGAGAGCUCCCAGGAGGCAAAGAGUCCGAAGGUGGAGCUACACAGCCCUUCAGACGUCCCUUUCCAGAUGCUAGAUGGCAACAGUGGUCUGAGCUCUGAGAAGAUCAGCCACAACCCCUGGAGCCUGCGCUGCCACAAGCAACAGCUGAGCCGCAUGCGCUCUGAGUCCAAGGACCGAAAGCUCUACAAGUUCCUCCUGCUGGAGAACGUGGUGCACCACUUCAAGUACCCUUGUGUGCUGGACCUGAAGAUGGGCACCCGGCAGCAUGGUGACGAUGCGUCGGCCGAGAAGGCGGCCCGGCAGAUGAGGAAGUGCGAGCAGAGCACGUCAGCUACGCUGGGUGUCAGGGUCUGUGGCAUGCAGGUGUACCAGCUGGACACAGGGCAUUACCUCUGCAGGAACAAGUACUAUGGCCGUGGGCUCUCCAUUGAAGGCUUCCGCAACGCCCUCUAUCAGUACCUGCACAACGGCUUGGACCUGCGACGUGACCUUUUUGAGCCCAUCCUGAGCAAACUGCAGGGCCUGAAAAUGGUUUUGGAGCGGCAGGCCUCCUACCGCUUCUACUCCAGUUCCCUGCUUAUCAUCUAUGAUGGCAAGGAGUGCUGGGCUGAGUCCUCGCUGGACCGCCGCUCCGACGUGCGUCUCAAGCACCUGGACACAGGGCUGCCUGAGGUGGCAUCACCCUGUGGCCCUAGCACCAGCCCCAGCAGCACCAGUCCUGAGGCGAGCUCCUCCUCUCCACCCAAGGUGGAUGUCCGCAUGAUCGACUUUGCACACAGCACGUUCAAGGGCUUUCGGGAUGACCCCACCGUGCAUGACGGGCCGGACCGAGGCUAUGUGUUUGGCCUGGAGAACCUCAUCAGCAUCAUGGAACAGAUGCGGGACGAGAACCAGUAGGCCCAGUUCUGGGCCCUCAGAACCCCUUCCUCUCCACCCGCAGGCAGGGACCAUUGAUCUGAACUCGCCGUGAGGACACAGACUUGCUUUUAAAGGGUUAUAUUUCUCUUGGGUAUAAACUAAAAGAAAUGUUUUUAGCUGUAGCCUGGACUCCAUAUAUAUAAAGAGAAGGGGAGCAGAACACACGUCCUCUCAGCCAGGCUCCUUAGCUCUGCAGCUGUGACUAUGUCCAGGCUGACUUAGAAGAGGUGCCCCCGGUGGGCUUGGCAGCAGGGACAGGGUGCCCUUGGACAUUGUUUCUCUUGCCUAGAUUUUUUGGGUUCUGUGGCUGCAGGGCCCUGCUGAUUGUGGGGUGAAGCUCUGGGCUCGUGCAGGGCCCCUUCAUGUCCACUCAUCCCUUGUUCCUCAGAAGUAGAGGGAUUGGGUGCCCAUUUCUAGGGGGACACAUUCUAGUGUUAGGGGUGUCAGCUGCUCCUUGACUGAUGUCUGCAGGGCACACAAGGCCAGUGCACACAACUGGACCCAUCCUUCUCAGUUUUGUUCUUGGCAUGAGGCUAGAUUCAUGAAGCUGGGCUGAAGUCAGCUUAUGGCAGAGUACAGCAGGCCCUGGGAUUCCCAGGAACUCUGUGGCACUUGAACCUGCUCCUCUUCCUGCCUACACACCCCAGCCAGCCCUUCCCACUAAGAUCCCAUGCCUAAGGAGUCCACCCCCUCUUGCCCCAGUGAGGGGGCCCUGCUGUAUUUGCUGAGGAGAGUCAUUGUCCCAGCAGGCCUCAGGGACUCUGGUGACUCUGGCCAAGACAGUAUUUGCAGUUCCUGUGCUGUGGGUGGGAGUCCUCUUCCUCUGGUUUGAGCAGCUGUGCUGCCUCUGGAUGGGCUGCUCCUCCCAGGGCGCAGGGGCUGUGGUCUGCUCAGGGUCUCACCUUUCCCCAGGCCAGGCCCAACGCAGCAGCCCACUGUGGGAAGCUCCAGGCUUAUAGAGAGAACUUUACGCUUGUCUGCACAUUAGGGAUUGUCUGCGCCCUGGGUGCAGGUGCCCAGGUUCUGCUAAUGAGAGUUUUGUCUUCUCAGUCCUGGAGUCCAUCAGUCUAUCUUUUUGUCCAUAUGCCAGCCCUGUCUCUCUGGAUUUCCCCCUGGGGAGUAGCCUUGUUCAUUAGUAAAUACUGAUUCCCUGCGUGCUUUCCUCAGCAAAAUACUGUCCCGUGUCUGAGGCGAGCUUCUGCCCCUGUGCCCUUCUUCAGCAGGUGCUGCCUUUUUACAAAGAGCUGGUAGCAAAGUCCACUGUAGGAGGCAUUACCUGUUGGCCCAGUACCCUCUCUGUGGCCCUGGAGUGUGGCCCUUCAGCACUCAGUACUGACAGUGGUACAGUGAAGGCCUGAGGAGUGACCCCUUCCUUCCCCAUGGUUUUAGUUUGUGCUGCCAGCCUUUAAUGGCACAGAGGCCUGCCACCUCUCAACACUGUGGCCAGGAGGUGACACUGCAGUCACCUAACCAUUGCCAAGGUUAGUGCCCUCACCUCUGAGCCUAGGGCCACUGUCAUUGUGACUUUGGGCAUGUCCCUAUUUGGGCAUUAAAGGUAAGUUUGCUAGUUGGUGUCUGUGGGAGGCCUUGGUAACUGAUAGGUAAUUUCCUGGUCCUUAGAUGCAGCCUCACACUUCUAAAAAAAAUCCUCACCUGGGGAUAUUUUUCCAUUUAUUUUCAGAUAGGGUAAGAGGGAGGGAGAGAGAGAAACAU